GCUCUCGCAGUCUUGCUGUGGCCUUUGUCUCUUAACACAGGCCAUCUGCCAUCUUGGUGGGUUUGUCGCCGCUCACCACCGUCCGUCCUCUGGAGACUCGGAGACCAGGGCCGUGGGCAUCCUGUGACCCCGGCCGGGGGGGCGGGACAUCCCAGGUGGACGCUGCAUGUCCGGGGAGCCGGCGAUGUCUGCCGUCCAUUUUAAGAGCUGUCUUUGCCGUGAAAUCCCUGGAGGCUCUGCCACAGCUUCUGUUACCUUGUGACUCGCUGGUGCCCAGAGGCCGGUGAGGAAGACCCUGGCUGUCCUAGAAGCCGGAUAUGGGGUCCAUAUCAUUUGAGGAUGUGGCUGUGGACGUCACCUGGAGGGAGUGGCAGGAGCUGGACGCUGCUCAGAGGACCCUCUACAGGGAUGUGAUGCUGGAGAACUACCACAGCCUGGUGUUUGUGGGGCACUGCAUGAGCAAACCCGAGCUGAUAUUCAAGCUGGAACAUGGAAUUUGGCCAUGGAAUGUAGAAACCUCAAUCUACAGCGUCGCAGAUGUUCAUAAAACAACCGCCUUGAGUGAGACUAGACAGGAACAUCACAAGAGACAUUUGUGGCAAGUUGGAAUCACCAAUGGCAUGACGUCAAAGGAAGAUGGAGCUAAGAUGCAACAGGGAACCUACGGAGGGACAAAAUCUUACGGAAGCAUGGCAAGCAUGAAGACGCCGUAUGAAAAGUCGCAGCACGCGGAGAAUCAGGCGUCCCACACACCCGCCAAAGCUUUCUGCUGCAAGUCCGCCUUCGCUAAACGUCAGAGGCUGCACAGGCGCGAGACGCAGUAUGAAUGCCAGGACUGCGGCAAGGCCUUCUCGUGGAAGUCCCACCUCACCGUGCACCAGCGCACGCACACGGGCGAGAAGCCGUACGCGUGCACCGAGUGCGGCAAGGCGUUCUACUGCAAGUCGAAGCUCACGCUGCACCAGCGGACGCACACGGGCGAGAAGCCGUACGCGUGCACCGAGUGCGGCAAGGCCUUCUACUGGAAGUCUCAGCUCACGCUGCACCAGCGCACGCACACGGGCGAGAAGCCGUACGCGUGCACCGAGUGCGGCAAGGCCUUCUACUGGCGGUCCAAGCUCACGCUGCACCUGCGCACGCACACGGGCGAGAAGCCGUACGCGUGCGCCGAGUGCGGCAAGGCCUUCUCGUGGAAGUCCCACCUGACCGUGCACCAGCGCACGCACACGGGCGAGAAGCCGUACGCGUGCGCCGAGUGCGGCAAGGCCUUCUCGUGCAAGGCGAAGCUCACCGUGCACCAGCGCACGCACACGGGCGAGAAGCCGUACGCGUGCGCGCACUGCGGCAAGGCGUUCUCGCACAAGCCGCGGCUCAUCCGCCACCAGCGCAUCCACACGGGCGAGAAGCCCAACAAGUGCGCGCAGUGCGCCAAGGCCUUCUACUACCGCUCGCAGCUGCGCCUGCACGAGCGCACGCACACGGGCGAGCGGCCGUUCGCGUGCGCCGCCUGCGGCAAGGCCUUCUCGCACCGGCCGCAGCUCACGCACCACCAGAAGACGCACACGGGCGAGCGGCCCUUCGAGUGCGGCGCGUGCGCCAAGGCCUUCUACUACCGCUCGCAGCUCGUGCUGCACGAGCGCACGCACACGGGCGAGCGGCCGUUCGCGUGCGCCGAGUGCGGCAAGGCCUUCUACUACAAGGCCAAGCUGAACCUGCACCGGCGCACGCACACGGGCGAGAAGUCGUUCGCGUGCGCGCACUGCGCCAAGGCCUUCCACUUCAAGUCGCAGCUGGCGCUGCACGUGCGCACGCACACGGGCGAGAAGCCGUUCCGCUGCGCCGAGUGCGGCAGCGCGUUCUCGCGCAAGCCGCACCUGACGCUGCACCAGCGCACGCACACGGGCGAGAACCCGCACGGCUGCGCGCAGUGCGGCAAGGCCUUCUACUACAAGUCGCAGCUGGCGCUGCACCAGCUCACGCACACGGGCGACAAGCCGUUCAAGUGCACGCUGUGCGACAAGAGCUUCUACUGGAAGUCCAAGCUCACGCUGCACGUGCGCACGCACACGGGCGAGAAGCCGUGCGAGUGCAAGGAGUGCGGCAAGGCGUUCUACCACAAGGCCAAGCUCACGCUGCACCUGCGCACGCACACGGGCGAGCGGCCCUUCGCGUGCGCCGCCUGCGGGAAGGGGUUCUACUGCAACUCCCAGCUCACGCUGCACCAGAGGACGCACACGGGCGAGAAGCCCUUCAAGUGCCCCGAGUGCGGGAAGGCCUUCUCCCGCAACCCGCACCUCACCCGGCACCUGAGAGUGCACACGGGGGAAAGGCCCUACCCGUGCGCGCAGUGCGGGAAAGCCUUCUCCUGCAAGUCAAACCUAACGGCCCACCAGAGGACGCACUCCUACGACGACGCGUGGUUCCAGAGCCCCAUAGCCCCCUGCUUGGACACUUGGCCCCUAGGAGGCGGAGCUGUUUGAGGGAAGCGGUGGUAGACGCAGGUCCAGGCCGGAGCAUUUGCAUCACUGGUUCCCCUGGAAGACUUAUAGCUCAUUUUCUGAUUCAUGGCACUGACUGCAACGUAGCCAGCUAUGGUCCUGGCGCCAUGGAUUGAUAAUAUGCCAGGGUGGAUUAUAGCCAAGAACGAACCUCUUUUUUUCUUUAAGUCGCUUCUCAUCCUGAAUUUGGUCACAGCCGCCAGAAAGCUUCCAAUGCAAUAAAUCGGUGGGCACAGUUGGCAACGUGGCCGUGAUCGACAUGACCCUGUGGUUUUGUGUGCCAUUGGAGCUGGUUUGCAGGAAGAGUUGCAGACGAGCCUUGAAGUUCGGGGUGGAGAGGUUGUAUGCGGAUUAUGUAUAAAGGGCCACUCUGGCCAUUGUGUCGAGGACCAGGCUGCUGAGAGAAACAUGAAAAAUUCAGACAUCCGAGGACAAUUCAGAGGCAAACAAGGACUCUUGGGGACUGGACUAGAGAGAGUUCAUGUUACGUCGUGACAAAGUGGUGGCUUCGUUCUACCUGUCUGUGUCUUGAAUGUGGGCAAAUUUGAAAACGAAGUUGUUAACAGACUGCUGUGUUUGGCAGAGCAUCUUCCAAACAAAUAGCAUUCCAGCUGCCGCAGUGUGGCCAGGUCUGCAGUGACAGAACCGCGGGACCCAUGCUGCUGGGCGAAGGGUCCCGCACGUGAAGUGUGCGGGUGCUGAGCGCGGUGCCACCGCCGUUAACGUGAUCAGCCCGACUUAAGUGAAAUGUAAUGGUCCACACCGGGACAAUAGGAAACUUGGCCUUUGGCUAAAGCCAUGCCCAUGUAAAGGAAAGCUCUAUAUUUCGUGAAUAGAAAUUCAUUGGAAAGGAGAAACCUGGGGGGGGGGUGGUGCUUGGAUGUACCACGUUUUACAGGAAAGCACUUUCCUAGUGAAAAUGCUUCCCAGGGCCAGCCCGCAGAGGCUCUUGUGCCUGACUGGCCUCCUGGGGGCGGGGAAGGGGGGGUGUCUAGCCUCCAUCCCCCCGCUCGCAGCAGAACUUGGCAGACACUGGUGUGCUUGCUUUGCCUUUGUGGCAACGCAGUAUUCAGGAAGUCACUGUGUCUUGCCCCACAGGGCCACAGGCUGGGAAAUGUCAGGAAAGGGGCAGUCGCUUGCACACGUCCCCCUCCAUCCCUCUUCUGCCCAUUCUUCCCUUUUUUUUAUUUUUUAUUUUUAUUUUUUUCACCAGUGAGCCAUCUCUCCCACCGAAUUUCUUUUUUUUUUCAGUCUCAACAUUUGUUACCAAUGUGAUUAUCGCACAUUGGUAGGGAAAUGCAUCUAGAAAUUAUUCCAUUUCUUUGAGCUUUUCCAAGCGAGCCAAUUUCGCAGCUGAGCCAUCUUCCUAGCCUUAUUUGAGAGAGACCGUGUGUGUGUGUGUGUGUGUGAAUAUGGGCACACCAGGACCUAUUGCCACGACAAAAUAACGUCCGAUGCAUGUGCCAUUUUGGGCAUCUGGCUUUACGUGCUUACUGUGGAAUGAAACUCCAGCCAGUGAGCUUUGUAAGCAAUCACCUGAACAGUUAGUUCCACUUCAGUCAAAUAAAAGUUUUGAAGUUGCACUUUA